AUGGCUGUGGCUCAGGAGGUAGACAGGGGAAUCACCAAGGUCAUGACCGACUGGUCCAAUGUGACAGCGUCCGGCCACCAGGAUCUGGGCCUGAAACCGGAGGAGCUGCCCAAGUCCAAAUGUGUCCUGGGCUUCAUCCCUGUCAUCUACUACAGCAUUCUGCUUUGUGUGGGAGUACCAGUGAACAUCCUCACAGCCGUAGCUUUAUCCAGACUGGCGUCCCGCACCAAGAAAGCUCUGUACUACUACCUCUUGGCGGUGACGGGCUCAGAUAUUCUCUCCCAGCUCUUCAUCAUCUUUGUCGGCUUCCUGCUGGAGACUGCGGUUUUUCAUCGCGAUGUCCCCGUGCUCCUGCUGCACUCCGUCAGCGCCGCCGAGUUCGCCGCCAACCACGCCUCCAUCUGGUCCACCGUGCCCCUCACCGUGGACCGCUAUGUGGCGCUGUGCCACCCCCUCCUCCAUCGCCAGAUCAGCUACCCGGCGCGGGCCAGGAAGAUCAUCGCGGUGGUGCUGGGGUUAUCUCUCGUAUCGGGCGUGCCCUUCUUCUGGUGGUCGGACAUGUGGAGGAACAGCGACCCGCCCACAGCCCUGGACACCGCCCUCGUAUGGACGCAUGUGACUAUCAUCUACUUCCUGCCCUGCAGCAUCUUCUUCGUGCUGAACUCUCUGAUAAUCCACACGCUGAGGGUGAGGAAGACGCAGCAGCGCUGCCAGGAGGACAGCGGGCCCAAGUCCGCGCCUCCUCGGCGACUCGGGAAAACCACGGCCAUGCUGCUGGCCAUCACCUCCGUGUUCUCUGUGCUGUGGGCUCCCAGGACUGUGGUGGUCAUCUACCACCUGUACGUGUCCUCGGUUCACCGGGACUGGCGCGUCCACCUGGCCUACGACCUGUCCAACAUGCUGGCCAUGCUCAACACGGCCGUCAACUUCUUCCUGUACUGCUUCGUCAGUAAGCCUUUCCGCGGCGCCGUGCGGGACGUCCUGCUGCUCAGGGGGCCCCCGCUGUAUAUGCGCCGCACUUUGCCUCACCCGCAGGCUCCCACCAACGCCUCCAUCUCCUCUCUGUACAGUGGGAACAACAAGCGCUCGCAGCAGGACUCCAUCCCCUUGUCACCUCGCAGGACCAGAAAGCCCUCGUGA